AUGGAACUCUACUUGGUACUGAAGCAGGUCCAGAAACUGUCAGUAAGCACCUGUCUGCAGACACUGACCAUUUGCAUCCGCUCAGUGUUAGAUUUUACCAGCUUGGCACCAAUCCUUCCAGACCUCUUUCUGCACAAAUUAAAGAGUUUCAACACUCGUGCUCACUUCGGCAGCACAUAUACUAAAAUUGGAACGAUACAGAGAAGAUUAGCAUGGCCCCUGCGCAAGGAUGACACGCAAAUUCGUGAAGCGUUCCAAAUUUUUGAGGACACGCAGUUUAACUACCAUCGCAAGAAGAACAUCGCAGCUGAGCGCAAGGAGGGCAAACAGGAGAAAGAGGAGGCUGACUGCUACCAGCGCCUGAAGGAUGAGGUGGUGCGAGCUCAGGUGCAGCUGCAGCUCUUCAAACUUUACCAUAACGAAGGGGAAAUCGAGACGCUCAACAAGGAACUGGCCUCCAAGAACAAAGAGAUUGAGAAGGACAAGAAGCGUAUGGACAAAGUAGAGGAUGAACUGAAGGAGAAGAAGAAGGAGCUGGGCAAAAUGAUGCGGGAGCAGCAGCAGAUCGAGAAGGAGAUCAAGGAGAAGGACUCGGAGCUGAACCAGAAGCGCCCUCAGUACAUCAAAGCCAAGGAGAACACGUCCCACAAAAUCAAGAAGCUCGAGACAGCCAAGAAGUCUCUGCAGAAUGAUCAGAAGCACUACAAGAAGCGUAAAGGGGACAUGGACGAGCUGGAGAAGGAGAUGCUGUCCGUGGAGAAGGCCUGGCAGGAGUUUGAAGAGCGCAUGGAAGAGGAGAGUCAGAGUCAGGGCAGAGACUUGACGCUAGAGGAGAAUCAGGUGAAGAAAUACUACCGGUUGAAAGAGGAAGCCAGUAAGAGAGCAGCUACCUUGGCCCAGGAGAAGUUUAAUCGAGACCAGAAAGCUGAUCAAGACCGUCUAGAUCUGGAAGAGCGGAAGAAAGUGGAGACGGAGGCCAAGAUUAAGCAGAAGCUGUGGGAGAUUGAAGAGAAUCAGAAGCGGAUUGAGAAACUAGAGGAAUAUAUCACCACCAGCAAACAGUCCCUAGAGGAGCAGAAGCAGCUAGAGGGGGAGCUGACAGAGGAGGUAGAGAUGGCCAAGCGGCGUAUCGAUGAGAUCAAUAAGGAGCUGAACCAGGUGAUGGAGCAGCUAGGGGAUGCCCGCAUUGACCGCCAGGAGAGCAGCCGCCAGCAACGGAAGGCAGAGAUAAUGGAAAGCAUCAAGCGCCUUUACCCUGGCUCCGUGUACGGCCGCCUCAUUGACCUCUGCCAGCCCACACAGAAGAAGUGUUAGAUUGCUGUGACCAAGAUGUUGGGCAAGAACAUGGAUGCCAUUAUUGUUGACUCAGAGAAGACGGGCCGGGACCGUAUUCAGUAUAUCAAGGAGCAGCGUGGGGAGGAGCCUGAGACCUUCUUGCCUCUUGACUACCUGGAGGUGAAACCAACAGAUGAGAAGCUCCGGGAGCUGAAGGGGGCCAAGCUCGUGAUUGAUGUGAUUCGCUAUGAACCACCCCAUAUCAAAAAGGCCCUGCAGUAUGCGUGCCGUAAUGCCCUUGUCUGUGACAACGUGGAAGAUGUCUGCCGCAUUGCCUUUGGAGGCCACCAGCGCCACAAGACAGUGGCACUGGAUGGGACCCUGUUCCAGAAGUCAGGAGUGAUCUCUGGUGGGGCCAGUGACCUGAAGGCCAAGGCGCGGCGCUGGGAUGAGAAAGCAGUGGAUAAGCUGAAAGAGAAGAAGGAGCGGCUGACAGAGGAGCUAAAAGAGCAAAUGAAGGCAAAGCGGAAAGAGGCAGAGCUGCGCCAGGUGCAGUCUCAGGCCCAUGGCCUGCAGAUGCGGCUCAAGUACUCACAGAGUGACCUAGAGCAGACCAAGACACGACAUCUGGCCCUCAAUCUGCAGGAAAAGUCCAAGCUGGAGAGUGAAUUAGCUAACUUUGGGCCUCGCAUUAAUGACAUCAAGAGGAUCAUCCAGAGCCGAGAGAGAGAGAUGAAAGAUUUGAAGGAGAAGAUGAACCAGGUAGAGGAUGAGGUGUUCGAAGAGUUUUGUCGGGAGAUUGGUGUGCGCAACAUCUGGGAAUUUGAGGAAGAGAAGGUGAAGCGGCAGAAUGAGAUCGCCAAGAAGCGUUUGGAGUUUGAGAACCAGAAGACUCACUUGGGUAUCCAGUUGGAUUUUGAAAAGAACCAACUGAAGGAGGACCAGGAUAAAGUCCACAUGUGGGAGCAGACAGUGAAAAAGGAUGAAAAUGAGAUAGAAAAGCUGAAGAAGGAGGAGCAAAGACACAUGAAGAUCAUAGAUGAGACCAUGGCCCAGCUACAAGACCUGAAGAACCAGCACCUGGCCAAGAAGUCGGAAGUGAAUGACAAAAAUCACAAGAUGGAGGAGAUUCGUAAGAAACUUGGGGGCGCCAACAAGGAAAUGACCCAUUUACAAAAGGAGGUGACAGCCAUCGAGACCAAGCUGGAACAGAAGCGCAGCGACCGCCACAACUUGCUCCAGGCCUGCAAGAUGCAGGAUAUCAAGCUGCCGCUGUCGAAGGGCACCAUGGAUGAUAUUAGUCAGGAAGAGGGUAGCUCCCAGGGGGAGGAUUCAGUGAGUGCUUCACAAAGAACGUCCAGCAUCUACGCACGAGAGGCCCUCAUUGAGAUCGACUACGGUGACCUGUGUGAGGAUUUGAAGGAUGCCCAGGCUGAGGAGGACAUCAAACAGGAGAUGAGCACACUGCAGCAGAAGCUGAAUGAGCAGCAGAGUGUGCUUCAGCGUAUUGCUGCCCCCAACAUGAAAGCCAUGGAAAAGCUGGAGAGUGUCCGUGACAAGUUCCAGGAGACCUCUGAUGAGUUUGAGGCAGUCCGAAAGCGAGCAAAGAAGGCCAAGCAGGCAUUCGAACAGAUCAAGAAGGAGCGCUUUGACCGCUUCAAUGCUUGUUUUGAAUCUGUGGCUACCAACAUUGAUGAGAUCUAUAAGGCUCUGUCCCACAACAGCAGUGCCCAGGCAUUCCUGGGUCCUGAGAACCCAGAGGAGCCCUACUUGGAUGGCAUCAACUAUAACUGCGUGGCUCCUGGCAAACGCUUCCGGCCUAUGGACAACUUGUCAGGAGGGGAGAAGACAGUGGCAGCUUUGGCCCUGCUUUUUGCCAUCCACAGCUACAAGCCAGCCCCCUUCUUCAUCCUGGAUGAGAUCGAUGCUGCCUUGGAUAACACCAACAUUGGCAAGGUAGCAAAUUACAUCAAGGAGCAGUCGACUUGGAACUUCCAGGCCAUCGUCAUCUCUCUCAAGGAAGAGUUCUACACCAAGGCUGAGAGCCUCAUUGGAGUCUAUCCCGAGCAAGGGGACUGUGUGAUCAGCAAAGUCCUGACCUUCGACCUCACCAAGUACCCAGAUGCCAACCCCAACCCCAAUGAGCAGUAACAGUAGUUUCUGCCCUCUGCCCUGUCUGGAUCCCUAAACUGCCCCUCUGCCAGUCUUUGGAUAUUUGUGGCUCCCAACCUUCCCUUACCUCCUAGCCCUGUUUGGUGUAGUCAUGGGAUUUAGCACUGCUGUCAAGCCUGAAGAGGAACAGAGAUGAUGUUAGGUCUGGAGCAAAAAGUCAUGAGCCACAGGGAGCAUCCUGGUCUCUGGAAGGAGGCGCUGAGCUGAGCUGGGCUGAACAGGACCAUCUGUCCGUCUUCCCCUGCCCGGAUCCUUCCCCACCAUCCAUACUCAUGGGUCCCUUGGGUAUUUUGCCCACUUUAUGUGUGGGUGUGUGUGGGUGUGUGUGGAUGUUCACCUGUGUGCAUGUGUGUGCAGAAAAAUAAAAGAUACUGGAGACUUUUAGAAGGAGCCUAGGAUGAAUUUGACUCCAGGAGCGCUUAGGAUGACAGCACUCCAGAGCUGGACAAAGGUGCUCCAGGCCUCCUAGGAGUCCUCAGCAGUCACCUGAAGCUGUCCUCACUCACUCACUCGUGUGUUCAUUCACUUGUUUAUUCGUCAAACACAUAUGGAGUGCCCUCUGUGCAACUGUGUGCUUGGAAUUGAGAGUUGAACCAUGCAUGCUCUCUGUCCGGGUAAGGAGAUACAAUGGGUUCGUGAAUUACUGGGGUUAGCUGAACGUUGCUAUGUGCUUUGAAUAUGAGAAGAGGACAGUUACGUCCAGGUAAUUGGUAAUUGUCACAUUUAAGCUGGACCUUGACAGACUGGUAGGGUUUUAGUUAGGCACUGAGAUCAGUUACGGUUUCUGGUCCCACUUUUCAUCAGUUUGACGCUGGGCAAGUCGUUUGGCCUUUCUGUGCCUCACUUGUCUCAUCUGUAAAAUGAGGCUAAGAAUAUUACCUACCUCAUAGGAUUUAACGAUGUCAAGCUCCUCACUGGAGGCCUUAUCCUUGUGUGGAGCCCACUAGGUGCCGACCUCUCAGAAUACAAGCCUUCUCAUGCCUGGACUUCCGAGGGUUUCUCAUCCUGGCCGUUAGGGACAAUCUGAGAUGCUGUAAAUGCCCUGGUAACUGGGAGAGUUCCAGGGCACUGAUGAGGUUUACCUGGUAAGUGGAGGGCCGGGGUAAACCUAUAGCUUCAGCCAUGGAUGAUAACCGGGUGCCUGGGCUCCAGCCUGGGUUGUGAGGAAGCAGGGAAGAGGUAGCCUGGGCCACAUCCCAGCCUAACGCACGUGAGACUCCUCUUGGGGACUCCCCUCCUGAGCUAGAAGGACCAUGCAGUGGCAGUAACGCCUGGCACGAGGGCUUCAGCCUUUAUCACUUGUACACAUCAGACUUUGGUCUCGUCUGUAUAUUUGUUGUUUAAGUUGAAUCGGUUCCAGUUACCUAAGUAAUGCAGGAAUCCAUUCUCCUUUUAAGCAAUUAGGUUGUACAGACAAGGGACAAGACAAGUUUCAUUCAGCUACCGACUACUCCCCCCUCCCGCUCCUCCCCACCCUGUCCCUUUCCUGCUGUUAUACUUCAUUUAGACUUUGUUUUAACAUUCUUACAUAGAUAAGUUCGUUGGAAAUACUGUGUUUAAUGCAUAUGGCAUAUUGAAUUGUUCUGCAGUUUGCUUGCUUUGCCUAACAAUGUGUUUGAGAUCUAUGCAUGUUGCUAAGUGUAGAUCAUUCUCUUCUCUGUAAUUGCUGUAUGGAUCACCAUAUGACCCUACUGCAUUUUACUAUCCAUUUCUCUAGGGUUGACAUUAAGACUGUUUUUAGUUUUUCCUAUUACAAAAUAAUACACAGGAAUAUCCAUAUACCUGUGUGAAAGUGUGUGUGAGUAUGUGUGUGUGAGAGAGAGAGAAAGAGAGAAGGGGUGAGGGGAAUUAUUCCUCGUAAUGGAAUUGUGAAGUCAGGAAUGUAUAUGUUUGUUUUUCAGAGAUAACUUCCAAAUUGCCCUCCUGUAAUAUUUACUCAGUAUUUUUUUCUUGAGGUGUUCUGAGGUCUCCCGUUGUCAUCUACAUCCGCUUCACCCUAAGUAGUAAUAGCUGUGAAGUCACAGGUUUGAUGUGCUAUGUAUGUAUUUUUCUAAUACAUAUUAAAAGGCAUAACUAUCAGAAAAAAAAAAAGAGUUUCAACACUGACUUCUAGUCAUCAAUGACAGGUCCAUCCAUACCCCAGCACAGGGGCACAAUCAAAGCCUUAUCACAGGUUUAUUGAAUAGCACUGCUUUUGGAUAAAUAUAUUAAACAGAAGAGAGAAAUAAAAACAUGAAAGUUGUCAGCACCAAAACAUCAGACUGUAGUAAAAUGCAGUCAGGAAGCAUAAAGGUGGGAUCUCAUCAUAUAUGCCUGUGAUAAAAACUAUUAUAAAGACUUUCCAAAAAUGACAACCUUGCAUAAAGGCUAUUGCGGCCUUACACACACUAAAAAAAUGCUUUUACAAGGACUCACUCCUACCUAGUCAAGGAUCAUAGUUUCACAGUAACUUUUACUCCUUUCACCUUUGUAAAUUUUACCUACUGUUAACUUCCCCAGAUAGGCCUGUGAUCCAAUAUAACCCACAUACUCCAGACUUGCAGAUUCCCAAAUAAAUGCAGUAUCUUAGGAAAAUCCCUUUUUAUUUUAGGUCAGCAGAAUCUAAAAAUCUAAAUUUUAGCAAGCUAAAGGAAAAACUAGUUAGUCUUCAUUCCUUUGGCUGUCCAAAUUAUAGACUCCGCUUUUUUAGAUGAGAAGGAAGGUAAUGCCUUAGGGGCUUUAACCUUAACCUAUACCAUCCUCCAGGAUAUUAUAGUAAAACAUUGGAUUCUACCACCUUUUCACUCCCUGUUUGCCCCAGAGUAGUCCUUGCUGCAUCCCUAUUAGUCAAGGUGACUAAGGAGGUAGUCAUGGUACCCUCCCAGUUGUGUUUCUGUCUCUUGCUUUAGAAGCUCUCAUUGUUUUUAAUUUUGAAAAAAAUAUUAUUUUUUAGCUAUAUAAGAGAGAGAGAGAUGAGAAUGAGAAUGAGAAAUCCUCCAUAUACUAGUUUAUUCCUCAAAGGCAAGCAAUAACUGGAGCUGGGCCAGGCUGAAACCAGGAGCAGAAGCCUGGGACUCAGUCUGGGUCCCCAGUCAAUUGGGUUAUUAUCUAUUGGCAGAAAACUGAAAUUAGCAGAGCUGGGACUUAAAACCCUGACGCCCUGAUAGGGAUGCAGGACUUCCAAAUGGCAUAUUUACCACUGCACCAAGUGUCUUCACUCUUUAGAAACUCUCUUAAAGUCACACAACAUUCAGCUCCUUUUUGCCAAUCAGCCCACUUCCUGUGAGCUGCUCCUAUAAGGCACUCCUCAUAUCAUUCUUUGAUGCUGUAAUAAACCCUAACCUUGCAGUUCUCCCCACCCCCCCUUUUUUCAGAUGAGACUCCACUUGAAUGCUUCACUGUGACAUCUCACCCUUUUCCCCCUGCAGAGGAUCUUCAGGAGACUUCCCUGAACAGUGCUGAGUUCUACUGGUUCAAAGAUGGCUCAUGUUUUGAAAAUAACACUGGUCAAUUUUGUGCAGAAAUUUAUUGGUUUUGGAAGAUGUUUGAUCUUCUGUCCAGUGAGCAUCCAACCAGCUGCCUUUCAAAGGGAUGAUCUUCCUCUGCACAGUAGAAUCUGGGAGCAAGCCAGGUCAUUUCUCAUGAUUCCCUCCAUUUAUCUUCUC